GUCUCCUCCAUGACCAGCUUUGUGGAAUUCCGUGCGGCACUGCAGAACCUGUCCGGGGCUGGCGUUGCCUCUUCCCCUCAAGGAGCGUUUGAGACGGUGUCCCGGGUUGUGUGUGGCCACCCGGAAGGGGGCGACUUGAAGAUCCCCUCCCUCAACUGGUACGAGGACAACGACAUCAAGAGCUUCCUCAGCCGCAACGGAUCCGAGCAGAAGUCUGUCUCCUUGGACAAUGCUACGACCCCCUAUUGCAAAGAUCUUAUCAGGAGCCUGGAAUCCAACCCGGUCUCCCGCAUUUUAUGGCAGGGCAUCAAACCCCUGUUUGUCGGCAAAAUUCUGUACACCCCUCCUACGCCUGCCACGCAGAAGGUCAUGGCUGAGGUGAACCGGACCUUCCAGAAUCUGGCUGUGCUACGGGAAGUGAGGGGAGCCUGGCAGGACCUGGGGCCCCAGAUCUACGCCUUCAUGAAUGCCAGCCUCGAAGUUGCCGCCGUUCAGAACCUUCUGGAAACCCCUGGGGUGGCCCAUUUCCUGGAGCAGCGCCUGAGUGGAACGUUCUGGAAUGUGUCAACCUUGAGGGACUUCCUGUCGGCAGACUCAGGAGGUCGGGCCUACACUUGGCGCGAUGCCUAUGCUGAAGUGGAUGAGGUCAUUGACACCUUGUCCCGGUUUAUUGAGUGUGUCUCGUUGGACAAGAUCGAGGGGGUGUCGUCUGAAGAGCACCUCAUCUCACGAGCCAUGCAGCUGCUGGAGGACCGUCAGUUCUGGGCCGGAGUUGUGUUUCUGCCACCGGAUAACCAGAGCGAGCUUGGCCCGGACUUGCCAGCCCGUGUCCGCUUCAAGAUCCGCAUGGACAUCGAUGAUGUCACGCGCACCAACAAGAUCAAGGACAGGUUUUGGGACCCGGGACCGGCUGCCGAUCCCUUUGAAGACUUGCGUUACGUCUGGGGUGGCUUUGUCUAUGUGCAGGACCUUGUGGAACAGGCGGUGGUGCGGGUUCUCUCGGGGAUGCCGUCGCUGCGCCGCACGGGUGUCUAUGUGCAGCAGAUGCCUUACCCCUGCUUCGUGGACGAUGUCUUCCUACGAGUCUUAAACCGCUCCCUGCCUCUCUUCAUGACGCUAGCUUGGAUCUACUCCGUAGCCAUGAUCAUCAAAGGGGUGGUCCACGAGAAGGAAGCCCGCCUCAAAGAGACCAUGAAGAUCAUGGGGCUGAAGAGCGCCACCCUCUGGCUCAGCUGGUUCCUCAGUAGCUUCAUCCCUUUCCUCAUCAGCGCCUUGUUGCUCGUCCUGAUUCUCAAGGUGGGAGACAUCCUGCCCUACAGUGACCCCGCCGUGGUCUUCCUCUUCCUAGCCACUUUUGCGGUGGCCACCAUCUCCCAGUGUUUCCUCAUCAGCACAUUCUUCUCCCGUGCCAACCUCGCCUCAGCCUGUGGCGGCAUCAUCUACUUCUCCUUCUACCUGCCUUACGUGUUGUGCGUGGCUUGGCGCGACCACAUUACCUUCCCUCUGCGGCUCUUGGUGAGCCUCAUGUCCCCCGUGGCGUUCGGCUUCGGCUGCGAGUACUUCUCCCUCUACGAGGAGCAAGGGAUGGGUGUUCAGUGGCACAACCUCAAUUCCAGCCCCGUGGAAGGAGACCGGUACACGUUCGCCACGUCUGUGGGGCUGCUUCUCUUCGAUGCGCUGCUCUAUGGCCUGGCCACGUGGUACAUAGAAGGCGUGUUUCCAGGCCAAUAUGGGAUCCCAAAGCCUUGGAAUUUCCCCUUCCAGAAGAGUUACUGGCUUGGGGGGUCCUCCAGCGAUGGCUCCCCUCACCCCGUUCCUACAAACUCUCUUAACUCUGCAGAAGCGUUGGUGGAGGAGCCUCUUGCCCACUUACAGGUGGGCGUCUCGAUCCGCAACCUGGUGAAGAUCUACCACAGCAGCCGGAAGAUCGCCGUCAGCGGGCUGAGCCUGGACUUCUACGAGGGCCAGAUCACUUCCUUCCUGGGGCACAAUGGUGCCGGAAAGACCACCACCAUGUCCAUCCUGACCGGCCUGCUGCCCCCCAGUUCCGGCACCGCCUACAUCCUGGGGAGGGACAUCUGCUCGGAAAUGGACGUCAUCCGGAAGACGAUGGGGAUGUGCCCUCAGCACAACGUCCUCUUCGACAUCCUGACCGUGGAAGAACACAUUUGGUUUUAUGGACGUCUGAAGGGCCUCUCUGAACAGCAGGUCCAGGAGGAGACGGACCAGAUAAUACAGGACGUGGGGCUGCCCCACAAGCGACGGGAACAGACCAAGAACUUAUCAGGUGGGAUGCAACGGAAGCUCUCAGUAGCCAUUGCCUUUGUAGGUGGCUCCAAGGUGGUGAUACUGGACGAGCCCACAGCCGGUGUUGACCCGUACUCUCGCCGAGGGAUCUGGGAACUGCUGUUGAAGUAUCGUGCAGGCCGCACCAUCCUCCUGUCCACCCACUACAUGGACGAGGCGGACCUCCUCGGCGACCGCAUCGCCAUCAUCUCCCAGGGCCGACUCUGCUGCUGCGGUUCCUCCCUCUUCCUCAAGACGAAGCUGGGCACGGGCUACUACCUGACCCUGGUGAAGCAAGAGGCCGGCGGGGCUCGCGAGAGGGUGAGCGCGGCCAACGGCCUUGUGUCCACCAGUAAAAAGGAUGAUGACAAUUCGGACAGGAGCAGUGAUACGGGUCUGGGGAGCGAACAGAACAGCGAAUCCAGUGCCUUUGAUGUGCCGCAGCUCACAACUCUGAUCCAGAAACUGGUCCCGGGCUCGAGGCUGGUGGAGGAUAUCGGCCAGGAGGUCCUCUACGUCCUGCCGUACAGCGGUGCCAAAGAGGGUGCAUUUGGGGACUUGUUUCAGGAACUGGACAGCCGCCUGGGUGAACUUGGCAUCUCCAGCUACGGCAUUUCUGACACGAGCUUGGAAGAGAUCUUCUUGAAGGUGGCCGAGGACACUGGUGUGGAUGCAGAAGGUGCUGCUGAGGCUCCUAAGAACUUCAGCACAUCUACGCCAGCCUCUGGUUAUACUCUCCGGACCCUCAGCGAGGACACUGAGACAGCUGAUGCCGAACCAGCCGAGGAACCAACGGAGACAGAUCUCUUGCGCGGCGUGGGUGCCCAGGAUUCCGGCCACCUGACGGGCUGGGCACUGACCUACCAGCAGCUGCAUGCCCUCUUCACCAAGAGGUUCCUGUAUGCCCGGCGUAGCACGAGGGGAUUUCUGGCACAAAUAGUGCUUCCUGCCCUCUUCGUCUGCAUCGCACUGCUCUUCAGCCUCAUCGUCCCGCCCUUUGGCAAAUACCCGCCGUUGCCUCUCACGCCCUGGAUGUACGGGCCCCAAACGACCUUUUUCAGUGAGGACUCCCUGGGCGACGCAGACUCUGCUCGACUCCUGGAAGCCCUUCUGGAAGAGCCGGGCUUUGGCACCAAGACGCAGUCAUGCUCGCACGCUUGGAACUUUGUGAACCCGGAAGUGCCCCCGUCUCUGGUGGAAGUUCUUCGGAAUGGCAACUGGACUCUGGGAGACCCCUCUCCGGGAUGCGAGUGCAGUUCCCAGGUGGCUCGAAAGAUGCUCCCCGAUUGCCCGGAAGCGGCCGGAGGGCUACCGCCCCCUCAGAUGCAGACGGACACUGGUGACAUUCUGCAGAACCUCACUGGGAGGAACAUUUCGGAUUACCUGGUGAAAACAUACAGCAGAGUUAUUCGCAAAGGGUUAAAAACCAAGAAAUGGGUUAAUGAACAGCGGUACGGCGGAUUCUCUCUGGGUGCCCGUACCAUGCAGGCUCUGCCAACCACCCAGGAGGUGAAUGCCACUGUGAAGAUGAUCCGUGGCUUCCUCAGCAUCACUAAGGGAAGUUCCCUGGACAGGCUCUUGGGCAACCUUAGUAGCUUCGUUGAUGGACUGGAGUCACCUGAGAAUGUCAAGGUCUGGUUCAACAACAAGGGGUGGCACGCCAUGGUGUCUUUCGUCAACCUGGCCAACAACGGCCUCCUCCGGGCCGGCCUGCCUGCAGGUGUAGACCGCUCGCGCUACAGUAUCACGGCGAUUAACCACCCCCUCAACAUGACCAAAGAGCAGCUCUCGGAAGCAGCCCUGAUGGCCACCUCGGUAGACGUGCUGGUCUCCAUCUGUGUGAUGUUCGCCUUGUCCUUCGUCCCCGCCAGCUUCGUCCUCUUCCUCAUAGAGGAGCGGGUCAGCAACGCCAAGCACCUGCAGAUUGUCAGCGGCAUGAAACCCGGCGUCUAUUGGCUGGGCAACUUCGCCUGGGACAUGUGCAAUUAUCUCGUCCCGGCCGUUCUGGUGGUCCUCAUCUUCAUCUGCUUCCAGCAGAAGUCCUACGUGUCCCCAGCUAACCUCCCAACCCUGAUUCUGCUGCUCCUCCUCUACGGAUGGUCCAUCACACCUCUCAUGUACCCAGCAUCCUUCUUCUUCAGCGUCCCCAGCACGGCUUAUGUGGCCCUGACGUGCAUCAACCUCUUUAUCGGCAUCAACGGCAGCGUGGCAACUUUCGUCCUCGAACUCUUUACAGAUAAGAAAUUGAAUGACGUCAACGUCAUCCUAAAGAAGGUCUUCCUGGUCUUCCCCCACUUCUGCCUGGGCCGGGGACUGAUCGACAUGGUGAAGAACCAAGCCAUGGCUGACGCCUUUGAGAGGUUCGGCGACAAGCAUUUUGUUUCUCCACUCAGCUGGGACCUGGCUGGGAAAAAUAUCUUUGCCAUGGCCGUCGAGGGCUUCGUCUUUUUCAUCUUCACCAUCCUGGUGCAGUACAAGUUCUUCAUCCGCCUCCGGGUCGAUAUUGUAAUGCCCCCGUAUAGAUCUUUGGUUUACCGGAUGAACAAAAAGCCAGCCGUGGAUCGCUUAUGUGUGGGAAUCCCUCCAGGAGAGGUUGGAGCCAGAACCGAAUGCACCGUUAUGGGCAUUCCCAGCAUCUCCACCAACCUCUCUGGCUUUGGCUGCUUCAUGGAGGAACACAUAGCAGACCCAACAGCUUACGGUAUCUACAUUGUGGACCGGCGUUUCCGGGGCUUGGACGAGUCAUGCACGCAGCUGACCUCGUUCCUCUACAGCUUCUGCCAGCAAACCCGGCGGCAGCGCAUCAUCCAGCGCAACCGCACCGAGCGGCUCUCUGACCUUCUGGACUGGAAGUACCUGGGCAGGGUGGUUCAGUGGGGGUUAUCCACCCUUGGCCUAAUGCAGUACGCAGACAGACCCGCUGGCCGGUACAGCGGGGGGAACAAAAGGAAGUUGUCCACGGCCAUUGCCCUCAUUGGAGCACCGCCUGUCGUCUUCCUGGAUGAGCCGACGACCGGCAUGGACCCACGAGCAAAGCGUUUCCUGUGGAACUGCAUCCUGGGCGUGAUCAAGGACGGCAGGUCUGUGGUGCUCACGUCACACAGCAUGGAGGAGUGUGAGGCACUGUGUACCAGAAUGGCCAUCCUGGUGAACGGCCGUUUCCGAUGCUUGGGGAGCGUGCAACACCUGAAGAACCGGUUCGGAGACGGAUACACGAUCGUGCUCCGGGUCUCCGGGACCGACCCAGACCUUGGCCCCCUGGAGAAGUUCAUCCGGGAUUCCUUCCCCAGCAUAAUUCUGAAGGAGAAGCACCACUGUACCCUCCAGUACCAACUGCCGUCCCGUGGCUGUUCCUUGGCCAAGAUCUUUGGCAUCCUCUCCACUCACCAGGGCACCUACCACAUCGAAGACUACUCCGUCUCCCAGACCACCCUGGACCAGGUGUUUGUACAUUUUGCUAAGGACCAAAGUGAUGAAGAACAUCCGAAGGAAGCCUCCUCUGCGGCCAACCCGACGAACCCCAGCAGCCGCUGGCGAAGAAUCGCCGGUUUCUUGGACGAUAAGAGUGUGCGAGAAAGCCAAGUCUGA